UUUUUUUUUUUUUUUUCAGAUGGAAAUAGCUAGGCUAACAAAAAAGGUAGUGUUUAUCUAGGGGCAAAGUGGGUCAGCGAGGAGCUCUAGGGAGGACCCAGACCCCUUCUUACCCAUCCAGAGAUGUGCCUACGGAAGGCGAACCAUGGUGUACCCUUCUGACGCUAUGGAUUCUAGUGGAGGCUCCUGGAGAGGAGAAGACGGAACAAGAGAGCAGAGAGACAGGAGAGGUGAUGGAUGAAAGGAAAGGUUGAGGAAUAGGGCGAAAAACAGUAAGGAAAUAACCACAGAGGUGGACGCAAAAGAGGGGGCGCGGGGGAGUUAAGCCCGAGAACGUAGAACAUAGAAGAGACUGGAAGGAGGAGGAGAAAGAGAAGCGGGAAAAUAUAGGACACCCAAUGCCGGCCAGCGUUGCUGAUAGCUGGGAUUAUAGCUCAGUGGUGGACCACUGAUCCCAGAAACAGUAGCCAGUGAAUGGGUCGACAAACUUCUGUACUUCCGGACGACAAGGCGCCCUUCAGGAAUAAAAGCGAAGCCGUUAUGGAACCCAGAACCCGUAACCCACAACGGAUCAGGUUUCAUGAAGAAAGCGUGCACUAUGGGGCCGCCUGCAGAGACCAGCAGGAGACUCAGUGAUGCCGGGGAGGAGGGGUGAUUACGUGAAAGAUUCUCUAAAGAUGAAGGGGGUUUGGGAGACUAAGAUAACAUCGUGGGAGGGACCCGCAUGCUGUCUGUGUGCAGUAAGUAGCUGUGGGGCUGUUCAAGGAGACCUGGAGCAAGAGGAAGUUUUUAAAGAUGAGGCGGAUUACGUAAGGUAUUUUGAAACAAUAUUCCUUGGCUACAAGGAUCAAUAACAAGAAUGGCCCCAGUCCAAGAGUAAACACACAGUUGCUGGGUGGAUAACCUUGCGGGAGUAUUUCUGUAAGGUCGUGGUGGCCUUUGUGCAAAGAUAUGGCUGUGGCAGUCUUUUGUGGUUAGCUCUUGUCAUUAGACAAACAUGUAUAAAAUCCUUACCAACAGCCACCCAGGUUAGUUAGGGUAGGGUAGGAGGGCAGAAUCUAAAGACAUUGCUUUUCUUUUCUUUUCUAUUUUGUUUGUCUGUUUGUUUUUCCUCAGACAAGGUUUCUCUGUGUGGUCCUGGCUGUCCUUGAACUCCCUCUGUAUUCCACACUGGCCUCAAACUCACAGACAUCCACCUGCUUCCACCUCCUGAGUGCCGGGAUUAAAGGCAUGCGCCACUGUGGCCGGCGAAGGGCUGUUCUUAUUCUCACAAUUUCUGAGAGUCACCAGUGGAAAAGGGAUGAUGGAAAUGUUCUGCAUCCUAGACGGGGUCGUUAAAGACCUGUCAAAACUAGAAAACAGCGCCAGAGAGAUGACUCAGUGAGUUAAGGAGAUUUCACCAAAGCUGACAACCUGAGUUCAGCCCCCAGGACCCAGGAGAUAAUCCAUAGCAUGCAUACAAAAUCAUGUCCAUUAAAAUAAGUCCAUGUAACUAAAUGUUUCUGACAAUAAACACUCCAAAAGGGGAGUGUAAAUUCUACCUCCAUAAACUGAAGUAAGGAGAGAAGACAGAAAGAAACAAGAACAGAAGAAAAGACUUGGAAGGCUGGGAAGAGAGAAACAAAAGCCAGGCGGGAAGAGGCCCUUGUUAGUGGGGGCUGAAGUGACUGGUGAGGGUGCCCACAUCCAUGCAGCCUACACAUCCUCUCUGCCUGGUCUCUGAACAGUAUCGGGGUAUCCUAGUGACUUGGUUAGGGUUUCCAUUGCUGUGAAGAGACACCAUGACCAAGGCAAUUCUUACAAAGGACAACAUUUAACUAGGGCUGGUUUACAGGUUCAGAGGUUCUGUCCAGUGUCGUCAAGGCAAGAGCAUGGCAGUAUCACUUCACUGCCCAGGCAGGCAGGGCACUGAAGGAGCUGAGAGUUCUACAUCUUCAUCUAAAGGAAACCAGGAGCACACUGCCUCUCAUGUGGAUAGGAGGAGGGUCUCAGAAGCCCACCCCGACAGUGACACACUUCCUCUGACAUUGGCCGCUCCCUGGGCCAAGCAGGUUCAAACCACCACACCUAGGGACUUCGCUCAGUCUGGAACCUGGGCUGUAGGUCUGACCAGAGCUCCACUUGAAGGCCCGCCUCCUUAGGUCCAGUUACCAGGAGACUGGGAAUAAAAGCAUUUCCUGCCUAGAUGUCUUGGCAGCUCCCACUGUCAUGGAGACCACUGGAAGCUUAAAGAGCUGCUGCUGGCACCCAGAAAGCAGCAGAAGAAAGAAGAGGCCAGCGGUCUUGGACUCGCUGGGCCAGUAGGUGAGCAGGAGCCAGACCAGAGAGCCAGGAGCUGAGCCCUCCUAGUGCAGCAAAGCUCACACACACAGUUCCUUGGAGGGAGCAUUGUAGAAAGGAGGAGGAAGAGGUUCAAGGCUCCAUGAUCUGUCUCCUUCCUUCUGCAGCAAUGUUUAUCACUGUGAUGUUUGGAGCUGGUUGCCGGGAGCUGGUGAAUCCCUGGUGUAGCCUGGCAAACUUCACUAUGCAUCUGAAACGGAAGGCUCAGCUUCCCCCAGAAGUAGCCAUUGCCCUCCUGGCUGAGGACGGACACCUGGUGAAGUUAGAGGAGGUCACCGAGGCCCCUUCCAUGGCCUGUUCCCUGCUACAGGAGCAAGGGACCUAUGUCCUGGUACAGGUCAUUAAGGGGAAAGAUGGGUCCCCCGCUCACUAUGAGUCGCUGCUGGACAACCUGGAUGACCAGUAUCCGGAGUUAGCAGCAGGUCCUAUGACCCAGCACACCACAGCCAAGCCGGACUUGGAUCCAAGGAGACAGGCCCUGACCUCUGCUUUAUGAUCUACGGCAAACAGACAACAACCUGGGAGGACUCCUCUUUCAGAACCUGGCAUGACGAAGAAGUUGCAUCAGCAAGAAGGGAAAAGGUCACAGACAGGAUGUGAGAGCCCCCGCCCUCCCUCAUCACCCCAUUUGAGUGCAGAGAAAAGCAUACAGGGACAAAACAAGAAGAGUGAAGCCACAGAUGUUCCUGUGGGCAGAGACAUUAGGCUCCUCUUGAGGGUUCAGGUCCCAGGGGUCACUUGCAAAUGCCUCACCCCUCUCCCCACUUAGGAGUCCCCAGAAUAAUCAAUCCGUCCUUUGUUAUCCGAGAGGCAGAUAAUAGGGUUCCUCCCACCCCAGAGGUUCAAGGACAGAAAGCACAGGGUUACAUAACAAGAUCCCCGCCCCCCCCCACACACACACCUCCUUUCUCCCACCUCCACACUAACUAGGCAUAGCACAUUAAUGAGACAGCCAUCCGCCUAUCUCCCCUGAUCCCGCCUCCCAGCAGACAGGGCAGUGAGUGGGCACACAGCAGGCUGUGGUCUAAAGUAAACUCUUUUUAAUUGAA